UAGACAUUACUUGAAUUUUAAGAAUUAUAUAUAUUAUUGAUUAGUGACUCCUCAACGGCUCAACUGAACCGACUCCUUUAUACUUUGAUACUGCUAGACUGCUAGAGAAACAAAUAAUGGGAGCUGGAGGCAAUGUCACUGCCCCUAAACACAAGCAGAAGCCUCUCUCAAGGGUUCCACACACAAAACCACCAUUCACUGUUGGCCAAUUAAAGAAAUCAAUUCCACCACAUUGCUUUGAACGUUCCAUCAUAUUGUCAUUCUCUUAUGUUGUUUAUGACCUUUCAAUUGCCUUCCUUCUCUACAUUUCCACUACUUACUUCCACUUCUUCCCUUACCCUUUUCCCUUCAUUCUUUGGCCUAUCUAUUGGAUUCUCCAAGGUUGCAUUCUCACUGGUGUUUGGGUCAUUGCUCAUGAAUGUGGUCACCAUGCAUUUAGUAACUAUCAAUGGCUUGAUGAUCUUGUUGGUUUCAUACUUCACACUUCACUUUUAGUCCCUUAUUUCUCAUGGAAAAUUAGUCAUCGCAGACACCAUUCGAACACAGGUUCUCUCGAACGCGAUGAAGUUUUUGUUCCAAAACCAAAAUCAAAUGUUGGAUGGUAUAGUAAAUACUUAAACAAUCCAUUAGGAAGAGCUUUAACUCUUCUUGUCACACUCACAUUAGGAUGGCCAUUAUACUUAGCCUUCAAUGUUUCCGGUAGACGUUACGAUUGCUUCGCAAGUCACUAUAACCCUUAUGCUCCUAUCUAUUCCAAUAGAGAAAGGCUUCUAAUUUUUGUUUCUGUUACUGCUGUUUUUGCUGCUAGUUUUUUACUCUACUUCAUUGCAACUUUGAAAGGGCUUGUUUGGUUGAUAUGUGUUUAUUUUGUUCCACUGCUUAUUGUGAAUGGUUUCCUUGUUACAAUAACUUAUUUGCAGCAUACACAUUUUUCUUUGCCUCAUUAUGAUUCAAAGGAAUGGGAUUGGUUGAGAGGAGCAUUGGCAACUGUGGAUAGAGAUUAUGGAAUUUUGAACAAAGUUUUUCAUCAUAUAACUGAUACUCAUGUGGCUCAUCAUAUCUUUUCCACAAUGCCACAUUAUCAUGCAAUGGAAGCAACUAAUGCAAUGAAGCCUAUAUUAGGUGAGUAUUACCAAUUUGAUGAUACUCCAUUUUAUAAGGCAUUGUGGAGAGAAGCAAAAGAGUGUCUCUAUGUGGAACCAGAUGAAGGAGCAUCUCAAAAGGGUGUUUAUUGGUACAAAAAUAAGUUUUGAUGAAUAAAAAAGCAUGCAUGUUAUGAACAAUGUAUUGCAUAAAGUGGGAGUUGAAUAUCAUGUCUUGACUUGUAUUGCAUUAGUUAAUUAAAAAGUUAAAUAAGUGGAUUUGUCCAUGUUAUGAACAAUGUAUUGCUUAAUAUUAUGAAAAAGUUGCUUGUAAUCAUGGUUAUAAUGUAAAAUAAUAGUACUUAUGUUUGG